AUGGUCAAAAAGCGAAAAAUCGACGAGGAGGUUCUUGAGGAAGCGGUGCAAACGGAUUCAGUGCAGAAGAAAGGCUUGAAAAGCAAAAAGAGGAAAAGCCAGGAGGCUGUCGAAUCCGUCGCGGAGGAAUCGCCAGCAGCUGCAGCUGUGAAUGGAGAUGCUGAUCACGCUGAGCGUCUCCGGCGGGCCUUACAAAGAGACAUCCAACAGCUGGUCCUCAGGCUUCGAAGUGAAGGCAAGACAAAAGCUGAAAUCAAAGCAGCCACCCAAGAGCUCAAGGCGCAGCGUGGUGCCGUUAGGAGCUCCAAAAGCACGAAAAACAACAAGAAGAAGCAGAAAUGGGAAGCCGAUGCAGCUGAAAGACGGCAGACGCACCUACAGCGGCAGCAUGAUCUGGUCGUGAUUCCAGUGGUGUGGCGUGGACGACAUGACAAGCUGGAUGUUCUGCAAGCUGCAGAGGACAUCAAAGCCUGCCUUGCACAGCAGGGCUUAGAUGUUUGGCUGGACAGCAGGCGGCAUCUCACUCCCGGUCAAAAGUUCUCACACUGGGAGCACCGUGGCGUCAUGUUACGCGUCGAGAUUGGACCACAGGAUCUACAGGCUCAGGUGUGCCAAGUUUGCAAAGCAAAACUUCCUGGCGAUUACCAGUCUGUGGAAAGGAAGAAGGUACCUUUGCCACCAGCUGGAGCACGAUCUUUGUUGCUACGGUUAAAGGAGUGGGGCUUGUCGCAGAUAGACGUCGAAAGAAGGGACGGCGACUCCGAAGACGAAACUGCAGAGGCGCCGCGCAGCAGACAAAGCCAACAGGCUGCCAUCGCAGAACCUGAAGACGAAGUGCAAGGCAAUUGGCAACCAAGAACAGCGACCUCAGGCAAGAAGAAGAAGGGCAAGGCCAGACAAGCUUUCCCUUGCACUAUUAAAUUGAAUGGUGAAUGGGUGGCGCGGAAAAGCUUGCAUGGAAUGUGUCGCACAAGGUACGUGCCAAAAAAGAGCUUUGAUGCUAGCAGCACCAAAGCCCAAAAAAGUGUCAGGGCGCAGGCUUGCCAUGCUUCGCUGCCUUGCUGUCAUUUGACGUGUUUGCGGGUCCAUGGAAUUUGCCAAGGUUCACAAAUGACCAGAGGUGCUUGCCAUUGA